UUGUGGUUUCCUCUGAGCCCUAGAGCUCAGGCGCCUGGGGCCUCGUCUGUGGGGCAUGGAGGAGACGGUGGUGCAGCCCUCGGUGUUCGUGGUGGACGGACAGACGGACAUCCCAUUCAGGAGGCUGGGGCCGAGGCGCGGGAGACACUGCUGCAACCUUGCCCGGGUGGGUCUGGGGGUCCUGCUGCUGCUCCUGGGGGCUGCGCUGGCUGCGCAGGCCUGUUUCCUGCUGCAGCUGUACUGGCGUCUAGAGGACGUAGUCGCCCGCCUGCCGGACCAAGGCGCAGGAUCCUGGGAGAAGUCUAUGCAAGAGCGGAGAUCCCGCCAGACCAACCCGGCAGCGCACCUUACAGGUGAGAGCUCCCUCACUCACCGCGGCGGGCCCCUGCUGUGGGAGUCCAAGUUGGGCCUGGCCUUCCUCAGAGGCCUCAGCUACCGAAACGGGGCCCUGGUAACUACCAGGGCCGGCUACUAUUACAUCUACUCCAAAGUGCAGCUGGGUGGCGUGGGCUGUCCCCAGGGGCUGACCAGUGGCUUCCCCGUCACCCACGGGCUGUACAAGCGCACGCCCCGCUACCCCGAGGAGCUGGAGCUGCUGGUGAGCCGCCGGUCACCCUGCGGGCGGGGAAACACCUCCCGCGUCUGGUGGGACAGCAGCUUCCUGGGCGGCGUGGUGCACCUGGAGGCCGGUGAGGAGGUGGUCGUCCGGGUACCUGAUGAGCGCCUGAUCCGCCUGCGCGACGGCACUCGGUCCUACUUUGGAGCUUUCAUGGUGUGAAGGAAGGAGACGCGGAUGGAUGGAGAGACCUCCCAGGCAGCGGCGACCUCGGGGGGCCUCCCAGGGAACCCCAAACUCGGCAGGUGAACGGCUGGGUGCAUGGAUACCUCCGGGGACGGAGAUCUCACCACCUUGAGAGGCUGAAGACCCAGCUGGCCCUUUUGAGGGACCCCCAUACCCCAAAUUCAGACAUUGCCAAGACAAUUCUGACGACAAAGACGGGGGGUGGGGGUGGGCGCUGGGGCGCUUGCUGAGAAUGUUUGAGACCCAGGGUUCCAUCCCCUGCAACCCCAAUUAAAGACAAUGCCCAGAAGACUUGGGGGUCCGUAGGCCCUCGAGGAGAGAUUUAGCUGAUUUGCCUGAUAUUCAGGAAGACGGGGUGGGGGAUGGGUAUUUAUACUUUUCUUCCCGGAGAAAGUGGCACUCCAGGGAUUGGGGCUGGACACCAGCACGGGUGGGGCUCUCCCCAUUGUCGCACGGGGGUCAGUCAGCGGGACACUCGUCGCCAGGACUGGCCCACCUAGAAAGCCGGGCCCAGUGCCCCCAGUGGUCAUUGCUGAGUCUCAUCCACGGAUGUGUGGUGUCGCUGGGGACCGAGGUGUGGACGGUCUGCCCUGCUGGGCUCUCAGCCGCCAGGGUGGCCUGACCCCCUGGCUGUACCCCGUCACUGCGAGGCACACCCAGCCCACGAGGACACCAGGCACACGGGAAGUGCUUGCUGAGUGUAGGAAAGCAAAGGAUGACUUCACGUUCACACCUGCCUUGUCACGGAGAACCUGUGACGGUCACACGCGGCUCAGAGGCAGCGUCACACGCCCCGGCCACCCACCAGCCGGCCGAGUCACACGCGUCACGGACUCCACUUGGUCUCCGUGGACCGCGCAUGGCAGGUCCCUGCCAGCCCCGGUAACCCACAGGGAGCCACAGUGACGAACACACGUCACGCACACAGAGCCUGAGGACCCUUCCUGUCCGGGGACGGACACACCCUGGGCUCCAGGCCCUGGUCUUUGAAAUAAACAGCAGACAGCUGCACUCGGGUCUGUCUAGUUCUUGGGGGAGGUCACUGGGGAAGGGAGGUGGGACGUGGUUUGCGGGCCCAAAAAGCCCCAUGGGAAGGGGAAAGGGACAAGCGCUGAGAGGCGGCGGUGACUCACAGAGCCUGAGGGAUGACCCCAGUGAGGUCACCUUACAGAUGAAGAAUGUGGGCCCCACAGGAAGGGUGGGCUAAACCAGAGGCCCCGUGCCCGGCUCUGCCUUCCCCGGCCGUCCACAGCUCCAGGGAAGCAGAGGCUCUGUCCUGCACGGCUCCUUAUUGGUCACA